CUAAGCCCAUAAAGAAAAAAGAAGAAGAAGAAGACGUUUUAUAAAAAUUUCAAUCUCUGAAAAUAAACAACAAACCAAAUGUAACAAGGGAAGAAAUGAAAAUUUAAUAUUAUUCCUCUUGAUAAAUUAUCCAUUUAAUUUUAAUUAUGUCAAAAAAUAUUUUAUGCCUAAAUGAUUUUUCAAGUAUAUGUCGAUUAUGCUUAAAGAAAACGCAUUCAGUAAAUGUGUCUAAUGAUUUAAAUCGUUUUAUCAAUUCUAUUCUCAAAAUUACAAAUCUCGAAAUAAUUGACAAUAAUUUUCUACCAAGACAAGUCUGUAAAACAUGCCAGGAUAAUUUGGAGUUUAUUAAAAACUUCAUAUACACUUGCAAUGAAAAUAAUAAAAUUGUAACACGCAUAUUAAAAGAAAAUUUAGCAAAUUGUACAAGUCUUAUAGAAAAUAAAAACGGUUAUAUCAACAAAGAAAAACAAACUAGCCGGAUCAAACUUAAAAUUGAAUCAAAAAAUGCCAGCUCAAAUCUGGAAUUCACUGGACAAACCGACAUACAUUGCACACAGUGUCAGACAAAUUUUGCAGCCCAACCGGAGUUUGAGAGUCAUAUGAAUGGUCAAUAUUGUAUGUAUAGUAGUGGAAGUAAAUGCACAAUUUGCAAUUUCACAGCAACUUGCAAAGAAGCAUUAAAACAACAUGAUAAUGAAAACCACAAAUUUGGCACUAAGUGGAAAUGUAAUCAGUGUGAUAAAAUGUAUGCAAAAAAAUACAACUUACAGUUACAUAUAAAACAAACACAUGAUGGAAAAAAGCCUUUUCAGUGUACAAAUUGUAAUAUGGAUUUUGUUACUCAGAGUACUUUGAAUAGGCAUAACAAAAUUGCACAUUCUCCCAACUUUACAGAAAUAUUUGAGUGCUAUAUUUGUGAAAAAAGGUUUAACAGAAAAGAUAAUUUGGAUGCACAUAUGAAAAAUAAUCAUAUCAAAAAGCAAAAUAAUUGUUUGGGUAAUUUUGAUAAAUCCGAUAUUUUUUCUUGUAAUUAUUGUAAUAAAACAUUCAGUAUACUAUCAUAUUUAGAAAACCAUCUAGAGACGCAUAAAAUUAAAUCAAAUCCAAAAUCUAGAGUUAAAAUAGGCAGUACUAAUAUAAAAAAAUACAGAUUUGUAACCACUUCUACUUUAUGUAGCAUUUGUGGUAAAUAUUUAACAAAUAAAAAAUCAUAUUAUGCACAUAUGCAAAGGAAGCAUUCAAAUAUAGAAUAUAAACAAAAAAUUUACCCGACAAAAACCAAUUCUGAUUGCUUCCAAUGCGUAAUAUGUGGGAAAAUCAUAACAAAACUGCAAAAUCUCAAAAUUCACAUGAGAAUACAUUCAGGCAAUAAACCUUAUGAGUGCAAAUUUUGUAGCAAGACAUUUACUCACUAUACCACUUGGAGUGCCCAUGAAAAUAUCCACACUGGGAAUAAACCUUUCCAAUGUGUACAGUGUAAUAAAUGGUUUACUCAUAGAAGUUGUUUGAGAAAACACUUACGGAGUUCAGUACAUAAGGGACAAAAACAAUAGUGAAAAUUAAAUCUAUAGAAGACCAAUAUUGACUAUAAGACCUAAAGACAGAAGCCCCGAUUAUAAAAUAAUACAAGUAUUAUGGACAAAAAGUGGAAAAAUAUAAUUUCGUCAGUGAAAGUGCAAAACCUCAUAUUUGCCACUUUUGACGAAAAUUGUUUUAUUGUCUUGUUUCAAACAAUGCAUGUAUGUACAAAGUCUCGUAUUAAUCAAUAUAAUUGAUCUUCUUAUUUUAGCGAUAUGUAACUAUUUGAAACAUAAACGGAACAAAUAAAAAUCGAAAAGUGAGAGGUUUUUUCUGUUUCUUCUAAAAUUAUGUAAGAUACGUAUACGAGGUUUCGCACUUUCACCAAUGAUAUGUACCUGACAAUCGGCAUCCUAUAUUUAGAUUUAGUUAUUAACUAAGAUUUAUUUUAUUUAAUUAAAACAAAUAGGCAAAAU